AUGUCUUUCAAAAUGAAUAACCACAGUCUUAGAGUUGAUUCUGAAAGUCCAAGAAAUUCCUUGGAGAUUGGAAUGAGCAGCUCUGCCAUCAGCAGUGGCAAUGGCAAGACUGUUGAAGAUAAAAACCAGGAAGAAAGAGAAAUGGAAAAGAAGUUUACUGGUUUUGCUGUUCCACUUUAUCUACAAAGAUAUAUUGCUGUUAAAGAAAUACUAAUCAAACAUAACAUCACUAAAUGCAUUGAUUUUGGAUCAUCUGAAUGCCGUGUGAUUGACCAAUAUUCCCAAAUGGAAAAAUUGAGUCGACUUGCAUUUGUUGAUAUUGACCGAACAGCUUUGAUUUCGAAUCUUCAUAGGUUAACUCCUCGUCUUAUGCAUUCAACUCGUCCAAUACAACUGACUGUCGAAGUGUAUGAAGGUGAUGUUACAAAAUAUGAUCAUAGAAUGAAAGCCUUUGAAGCUGCCACAUUGAUUGAAGUAAUUGAACAUCUUAUACCUGAAGAUCUGGAAAUGUGUUGUAAUAUGGUGUUUGGACAAUUGCACCCAAAACUAGUUGUACUAACAACUCCCAAUUCAGAAUUUAAUGUUGUAUUUGACAUGGCCGAAGGAAAAUUGAGGCACUGGGACCACAAAUUUGAAUGGACAAGGGAAGAAUUCCAGUCUUGGUGUAACAACAUAGCUGAAAUGUAUGGUUAUAAUGUAGAAUAUUCUGGAGUUGGAGAGACUGAUAAAAUACCAAACCUUGGUUACUGCAGCCAAAUAGCUACUUUCAACAGACUGCAAGAUAUUUCUUAUGAUCCCAUCAAGAAAGAAGACACUUACAAAUUUAUCACCAAAAUUCAAUACCCUUAUAUGAGUGAUGAACGAAAAAAGUCAUAUUUAUUGGAUUCUGUCAAUUUUUAUUUAAAUAAGUACGCUUAUGAUUGGUUCAAGUCAAAUGAAGAGGCAGAGGAGGAGGAGGAAGAAGAAGAAGAAAAAGAAGAAGAAUCAAAAAGAGAAAAGUCAUCAAUAGUCAAUGUUCCAUUAACAGACUUAAUGUUGUAUAGUGGAAUAUGGGAAAACUGUUCUGAUAUCAAUUCACUCAGAAAAUCUCUGAUUUGUGCUGGUUACAACCUGACAUCAGAUGGACAUUCAGUUUUGGUUGAGAGGAAAACAAACAAACAAUUUGAUGAAGAAUCAGAUGACGACAACUUACUCUUUGAUGAAAAUGAAUUUGGUGGCAGUCAAUUCUCUGAUGCUGAAGAUGAUUGCUCACAGAAUGUACUUACCAAAGACUACACUGUUCCCUGCUUUGAAGAACACUGGAACUAA